AAGAAACAGAGGUGACCGAGACAAAUAAAAGAAGCAAAGAAAGGGAAAGCCAAAAAAAGGGUCAAUAAGAAGCACUGCUUUCCUCUCUUCCUAUCAAACAAAACCAGAUGUCGUCACAUUGAAGAAACUAAAAACACCCCAAACCCAAGUACCCUGAAUCUGAAGCAGAAAUAUAUUUCAGAGGCAGAGAAACAGAGCAAAAACCCUAUACUGAACAAUAAUGAAGGGUAUAACAGCAAGUAACCAUUUUUAUCCUAAUUUGCUCUUCUUUACUUUUCUUUCUUUUUGUACUUCAAGAGUUGCCUUUUCUUCAGACACCUUAACUGCAACCCAGUCUCUCACUAGUGACCAAACUCUACUCUCCCCAAACCAAAAUUUUAAGCUUGGAUUCUUUUCUCCGGGAAAUUCCAAGAAUUGGUAUGUGGGUAUUUGGUACAAGAACAUUCCUGAUAGAACAUAUGUGUGGGUGGCCAACAGAGAUAACCCACUUACCAAUUCCUCAGGUAUUUUCAAGAUCUCAAAUCAAAGCAUUGUUCUUCUCGAUCACGCUGAGAAUCUUAUAUGGUCCUCGAAUGAAACCAAGGCUAACAGUCCAGUUAUGCAGUUGUUAGACACGGGAAAUCUUGUUCUAAGAGAAGCAAAUGUGAACGAUGAGUACUUAUGGCAGAGCUUUGAUUGUCCUACUGAUACUUUGUUAGCAGACAUGAAAUUAGGUUGGGAUCUAAACAAAGGUCUAGACAGGUACAUAAGUUCUUGGAAAAGUGCAGAUGAUCCUUCUACAGGUGAUUUUUCUUUUAAAUUAGAUUAUCAUGGAUUCCCAGAAGUUUUCCUGUGGAAUGAUCAAGAAAAAGCUUACCGCAGUGGUCCAUGGAAUGGGCUAAGAUUCAGUGGAGUACCUGAAAUGGAGCCUCUUGAUUAUCUAAGUUUUAAUUUUGUGACAAAUCCAGAAGAGGUAUCUUACUCAUUUCAUAUAUCAGCAAAAUCUAUAUUUUCAAGAUUGACUGUUACUUCAUCUGGGCAACUUCAAAGAUACACAUGGAUUCCAGAUAGGCAAGUUUGGAAUUCAUUUUGGUAUGCACCUAAAGAUCAGUGUGACAAGUACAUGGAGUGUGGACCGUUUGGUAUAUGCGACUCAAAUGCAUCCCCAGUUUGCAAAUGCAUGAGAGGGUUUGAACCCAGUAACCCACAAGCAUGGAGUUUAAGAGAUGGGUCAGAUGGGUGUGUUAGAAAAACAAAUCUACAGUGCGUGAAUGAUAAAUUCUUGCACUUGAAGAACAUAAAAAUACCAGAAUCCUCAACCUCAUUUGUAGACAGGAACAUAAGCACCAAAGGCUGUGAAUUGUUGUGCUUGAGGAAUUGUUCUUGUACAGCUUAUGCCAAUUCAGAUAUUACUAAUGGAGGCACAGGCUGUGUGAUUUGGGUUGGUGAGCUUUUGGAUAUAAGACAAUAUACAGAAGGUGGUGGUCAAGAUCUGUACGUCAGAUUGGCAGCUUCUGAUGUAGGUAAUGGUAAGAAUACAGCUACUAUUAUUAUUGGCAUUGCAGUUGGCGUUGCCAUUUUGUUACUAGUACUUGGUGGCUGUUUUAUUUGGAAGAGAAGAAGGUUGCAAAGUGCACGUAGAGUACAGAAAGGUAUUCAAGAAAGAAGCCAAGAUUUAUUGUUAAAUGAGGUGGUUAUCUCAAGCAAGAGAGACCACUCAGGUGAAAAAGACAAAGAUGAGCUUGAACUGCCAUUGUUUGAUUUUGGUACUAUUGCAAUAGCUACAGACAACUUCUCUGAUGAAAAUAAACUAGGACAAGGAGGUUUUGGGUUGGUUUACAAGGGUACGCUAGUAGAAGGCCAAGAAGUAGCUGUAAAGAGGCUAUCAAGGAACUCUGGCCAGGGAAUUGAAGAAUUCAAGAAUGAGGUUAAAUUAAUUGCAAGGCUUCAACACAGAAAUCUAGUUCGAUUACUCGGUUGCUGCAUUGAAAUGGAUGAAAAGAUGCUUAUUUACGAGUGCAUGGAAAACAGAAGCCUGGAUUCUGUUUUAUUCAAUAAGGCAAAAUGCCCUUUACUAAAUUGGCAAAGGCGUUUCAACAUCAUUUGUGGGAUUGCUAGAGGACUUCUAUAUUUGCAUCAGGACUCCAGAUUUAGAAUUAUCCAUAGAGAUCUCAAAGCAAGUAACGUUCUGCUUGACGCAGAAUGGAAUCCAAAAAUAUCGGACUUUGGCAUGGCUAGAAUAUUUGGUGGAGAUCAGACAGAAGCAAAUACAAAGAGAGUAGUAGGAACAUACGGUUAUAUGUCUCCUGAAUAUGCAAUGGACGGUCUCUUCUCAGUAAAAUCAGAUGUUUUUAGCUUUGGUGUUCUUGUGUUGGAGAUUGUAACUGGAAAUAAAAACAGGGGAUUUUAUCAUUCAAACAGUGAACUCAACCUUCUUGGACAUGCAUGGAGACUAUGGAAAGCAGGAAAGGCAUUGGAGUUGCUAGACCCAUCAGUUGGCAAUUCAUUUUCUUCAAGUGAAGUUUUGAGAUGCGUACAGGUAGGCCUUUUAUGCGUCCAAGAACGCGCAGAAGACAGACCAACAAUGUCAUCUGUAGUAUUGAUGUUGAGCAGUGAAACUGCAACAAUGCCUCAGCCUAAAACACCAGGGUAUUGCUUAGGAAGAAAUCCUUUUGAAACUGAUUCAUCUUCAGGAAAACAAGAUGAAUCAUUCACUAUAAACCAAGUUACGGUUACAAUGCUAGAUGCAAGGUAAAGGAAAAUGUUAGUCCUCAUCUAGCAUAUUUUAUUAUUUGUAUACCUCUUCAACUUUGAAAAUUCUGUUGUAUAUUUUCUUUUUUCCUUUUCGAUUUCA